UAACUAAUUCAUUUCUUAUUUACAAUUAGUUUGCACAAUUUAGCUUAUAGAAUAGUGAAAAGAAAAAACAUAAUUACAAUACACUUCAUAUUAAAUUAAAAUUGGACAAGGAUAAUAACAUCACUUUCGUCACAAGUUAUAUUAAUUAAACAGUAUGAAAAUAGAUAAAUUCGAUGGCAAAAAGAUGGUUAUUGGACGAUUAUUUUAUUGUCUACUUGGUUCAUUAGCUAUCAGUAGUUUUGUAAAUGCGAUACCUGUUCAUGAAUUAUCUUAUGAAAACCCCAAAACAAGUGGUCAUAUGUAUGCAAAACAUUACGCUGCGCAUUAUCCAAGAGAUGGUAACUUAAGAUUUAGAGAAUCAGAUUAUUCAAGUUUAGAUCCAUUGGCAUUCAAACGUACUACGUUUGAUCCGAUUUUAUUUAAACGCAAUUUUGAUCCGAUUUUAUUCAAACGCAAUUUUGAUCCAAUUUUGUUUAAACGUAAUUUCGAUCCAAUUUUGUUUAAACGUUCAUACUUUGAUCCAAUUAUUUAUAAACGAUCAUACUUUGAUCCUAUAUUAUUUAAACGUAAUGAGGAUAGUCAAGCUGAUAAACGUGGAUAUUUUGAUCCGAUAAUUUACUAACUAGAUCGUUCAAAAAAAAAUUACUUAUGAAAUUGAAACACAAUGUAAUCAAUGAGAAAUGUGUUAAAAAAAAUAUAUAGAUACCUCUGAAGAUCAUGUUUAAAAAGUUGUACUAUUUUGUUUCACUGAUUAUUGUAAUGUUUUAAAAAAGAAAUGUACUUAAUUAAGCCAUUUUUUGAAAUUCACGUUGAGUAGAGUUAAUUGGACAUAUAAAAACCUUUUCCUUUCGU